AUGUCCUUCUUUCGCAAGUCCCAUACGCAAUACCUCGAGCUGAGCUACAGCCAAAUCUACAAAGUGUUUCAUUGGUUCCUUAAACUAACUCUGCUCCGCAUCUUCGACGAUGACUUUCUGGUGUCACCCAUCACAACGGUUUUGUUUCAAUUUUUCGUAUCGGAAAUAGUCAUCUCACUAGUGACGAUUGCGCUGCACGCAGUUCGCUACCGGACCGAUCUCGACACGGUAAUACUGAGUGUUUCGGCCUUUGUCAGUGCUUUGGAGGUGUUGCUUAAACUGAACGGUAUGGUGUACCGAAGGAAGGAGAUCAUGCAGAUGAUCGGUACGGUGCUGGCCGAUCGGAGCUAUCUGCGCGGGCCGAUCGAGCGAGCUAUCUGUGGGAAGUAUAUGCGCCUGGCAAGGAAGCUUCUGUUCAUCACGAUCGCCUCCUACCUGGGUACGGCAACGAUGCUGCUAAUCUAUCCAACGCUGCCUGGGGUCAUUCAAGAGCGUACCCUACCGGUGGGCUACUCGAUACCAUUCGUCGACUACUAUAAAGCUCCUUGGUAUAUGCUCAACUACGUGCUACAGAUCGUCCAGCUGAACUGGGUCGCUUUUUUGUUUAUCGGACUCGAUGGUCCAUUUUAUCUGUUUGUUUGCUAUUCCGCUUCACAGCUAGAGAUGCUGAUCGUGUAUCUUCGUCAAAUUGGUCAAAGUCCGGAUAACGUUCCAGAGCAACGAAGAUUGAUACGGAAGGUGUAUGCUAUCCACACAAACCUUUCCAAGUUUCUUUCAAAGUGCUCCUACAUAUAUCGGGAGAUAUAUCUGAUGCAAGUGCUCUGCUCGAGCGUACACAUCUGUGUGUCACUGUUUCACAUACAGCUCAAGCUCAAAAACGGUUCGUACGGCAUGCUGCUGACCAACGUCAACAAGAUGUGGCUGUUCUGCUACUGUGGUGAGCUGGUCGUAAGCAAAUCGACCGCAUUCAGCACCGCCGUGUACACCAACCAAUGGUAUCGGCUGUGGAACCGGCGCGAUCUGCAGGAUAUACUGUUUAUGCUACAGAAUGCCCAGCGCAACUAUGGUUUCAGUGUUGGUGGGUUUGGCUUUCUUUCCUUUGCUCUCUUUACGGUGGUCAUGAAAACUGCCUAUCGCUGUAACGCGUUCCUACACCGUGUGAUGAACUAGUACGCCGACCGUUCACAUCUUCA